AUGGACGAAGAAGUCAAGAACAUCGGCAUGCACUCCAAAAGCGACCACAAACCAGUAGAGGCCUCUGCCUCCCAGACAGAUCCUUCUUCCCAGAGCUCUAUUUGCGAUGAGCUACGAGAGCCUUCGAUCCCUCCAGCUCGCUUUUGGGUCUUGUGUGUUGGUGUCUUUCUAGGUCUCUUUCUAUCUAUGAUCGAUACAUCUAUCGUUGCUACCAGCCUUCACAGCAUCGGUGUCGAUUUUGAAAUUUUAGAAGAUGUCAACUGGGUUGCUCUCGCCUACACACUGGCCUAUCUAGGAUGUGCCAUCGUCUUUGCCCGCAUAUCUGACAUCGUUGGACGUCGUGAUGCCUUCAUUGCAGCCUACAUAAUAUUCUUCGUGUUUUCUUUGGCGUGUGGUUUUGCGCAGACUCUUAACCAACUCAUUGCCUUUCGUGCCUUGCAGGGUGUUGGCGGCUCAGGUCUAUAUGCUCUUACCAUGAUCAUGAUGCCGGAGUUGAGUCCCGACAAUCUAAAGCAGCACAUGGCGGCCAUGGUUGGUUUGGUCAUCACCGUUUCAGGGGUUCUUGGACCUGUCCUCGGUGGUAUCCUGACACAUUACGCUUCUUGGCGAUGGGUGUUCUGGAUCAAGUAUUACUCUCUACUGCUUUCUAAAGUCUACUCAACCGCAGUCGUCAACACGCUUCUGAACGGCUUCCCCUACUUGCUGCUCAUCUACGCAAUCCCGCUUCGCUUCCAGGUUGUUAGCGGCAAGUCGGCCCUCAUUUCUGGCGUCAUGCUGCUUCCUAUGCUUGGAGCCUCCGCGAUCGGCAGUGUAGUAGCAGGAAAGAUCAACAACACAAAGAACUACACUUUUGAGUCGCUGUUAGUUGGCUCCUGUUUCAUGGCACUCGGUUGCGGAUUGCUUGCUUCCCUGUCACACGAGUCAGAGGAUGCUAAAUUGCUCGGCUUCAUGACAUUCUGUGGACUAGGUUUUGGGCUGACUGUCGCCUCAUCGACCAUGUUGUCGAUGGUAGAAGUGCCUAUUCGGGACUACGCCCCUGCACAAGGCAUCCUAUCCCAGGUACGACUCUUGGGCGGCAGUUUGGGUAUCGCAACUUUAUCGGCUUUACUCAACGAGAAGAGCUCUAAAUACCUUGCCAGUAUUCUGACUCCCUACGAGCAGGCGACAAUCGGCAGCUCCAACACUCCACUUUCCAAUGAACAGUGGUCGGCUGUCCGCUUUACCUACGCCGAUGCAUUCAAGGUAGAAAUGAAGGUGGCAACUGCUGUUGCAGCCUGUUCUGUCAUCUCUGCAUUUGGUGCUUUUCGCAGGAAGCGCCUUUUGGUUGCCGAACAGCGAGCUGCGAUUGUGGCACAAGAGGCCACUCGUCGUCGUGAUCAAGCCAAAUAG